GAACGCACAGCUGAUUGCCGGCGCGUGUUGUUUUCUUUUAUCGAACUUAAUUCAACUUGAUUUAUUUUAAGUUUAGUGCGUGAAAUUGAAACUGAAUGAAGUAGGCCGAAAUGCAGCGAGCUAGACUGUUGCAGAGUGCGUGGCGGUCAGUGGCGCAGCAGCUGCCGGGACGCCGUGCCUCCUCCGUCAGCCUGGGACUGCGUUAUGCAAUGCCGCCGGCUGGCGGUCUUCCGCCACUGCAUCCUCGGCGCUUUCUGGCCACCAGUGGGAUCCUCGCAGCGGCGGACAAGAGGAACCGGCGAUCCUCCGCCUCCGAGAGACCAGAACUCAACCUGGAGGACGUGUGGACGCAGCUGGAGUCUUACUACCAGCAGCACGGCCUGCUUAACUACGAGCACUGCCAGCGGCUCCUGGAGCAACUGCAGCGCACGCAGGGAUCGGGAUCAGCAGCCGUAACCCUUGAGCAGCUGCACUUCCUCCUCGGCUCCUGUGUGCCCGAACUGCUGCCCGCCCAGGGCGCCCAGGAGCGCCUCCAGCUCUUCGAGGGCCUCUGGCGGCAGCUGCUCAAGGGAUCCGUUCCCACGCUGCCCCACUACCACACCCGGCUGCAGGUGCUGCGCCAGAACCGCCUGCCCCUCGCCGAUCAUCGUUCGCUGCUGGCGGAGAUUGCCGUCUACCACGGAUCCUCUGCGGAUGUGGAGGCCCCGCUGUACAGUGACCUCCUGGAUGUGGCUGGAUCAUCGGGCAACAUGCGCAUGGCCACCGAGCUGCUGGCCGAGAUGCGGCAGCGCAGCUUUCCGCUCACGGAGCGCAACUUUCACGCCUUGCUACUGGGACACGCGCGCAAUGGAGAUCUCCCUGGGGCAGAGUCCGUUUUGGCCAGCAUGCGGGCGGCUGGCAUCCAGGAUAAGGGUGGCGCCACCCAGGCCCUGUGGUUCGAGGCGCUCGUGGCGAGCGGCCAGCUGCAGCAGGCCAAGGAGCUGCUGGCGGAGGAGCAGGGAUUUACUGCCCCACAGCUGCUGCAAAUGCUGCGCGGAGUGCUGCUCACGGGAAGAAACACCGAGGAGACCACUGAGCUCGCCCAACUGGUGGUCAAGGAGCUGCCGCGUGAGUUUCUCUCGGGCUUGGACCUGCCACCCGCCAUCCGGAGCCUGUGCAUCCAGCUGGUGCACCAGGGACGCAGCCAGGUGGUCAUCCAGCUGGUGGCCGCCCUGCCGGCGCCCCAGUUUAACCUCCAGAAUCAAAGCAACAACCAGAAUGUCGACGAGUACGGGGCUCUGCUGCUGCAGGAGUUCUUCCGCGCCCAUGUGCCCCUCGAGGAGACGCUGCAGUUCGCCCGGCAGCUGGUGCAGCGCCAGCAGAACGGUCGCGCCCUGCAUUUAGUCACCGAAUUGGCCCUGCGCCGACUGCCCUCCGCGGCGCUGCAGUGCCUGGAGGCGUUGGCCGCCAGCGAGGAGCUGCGGCCGCACUACUUUUGGCCCCUGAUCCUCCACCAGCAGCGGCGGGAGGGCGAGAGCGGCAUGCUGCGAGUGCUCGCCGAGAUGCAGCGACUGCGCGUGGAGUGCGACGAGGAGACAGUGCGUCAAUACCUGCUGCCGCAUCUCCAGCAGACGCUGCAGCAGCCCCUGGAGGCGGUGAAGGCCUUGGAGGCGGCCGGAGUGAAGCCAUCGCUGACCUUGGGACCCACAGUGAGCCACCUGCUGCAGCAGCAGCAUCAGAUGGCGGAGGUUUUAGAGCUCCUCAAGCGCUACCCCACUCGUUUAGAGCUGGGAACGCUGCUCCAACCGCUCACCUCUUUAGCCGUAAAUGCGCGUGCCACCAAGCGGUACGAACUCUUCGCCAAGGUGAUCCAGGCGCUGCAACAGAAGGCGCUGCAGCGAACGGAGGACUUUGUGGGCUCGCUGCUGCUGCAGAUGAUGGGUCCACAGACGCGUCUCCGCCAAGAUGCCGCCUCUCUCAGCCGCUUCCUGCACGAACUGCGGCGUUUGGAGCUGCAGAUCUCUCCAGCAGCCGCUGAAGCUCUCCUCUCCCUUGCCCGCCAGGCCACCGAGGACUUGGAUUUGGUGCAAGACAUAGCCAAGACGCUGCAGAAGAUGCGCCACAACCAGCUGACGCUGCCCGCGGAUGCAGCCGGCGGCGGAGGCUUCAUCAAGCAUCCGCGCGACAUGAGCCUGGAUGAGCUGGAGUGCCACCUCGUGGAGCUGGAGGCCAAGCAGCUGAAUCCGCGCGGCGUGCUGCGCCGCCUGCUGCAGCUCUCGGUGCGCAGUGGUCGCCUGGAAAGGGCCCAGCAGUUACUCAGCAAGUGCCAGGCCCUCAAGGUGCAGACGAGCGCCGGGAUGAUGGCCUCCAUUCUGGACCUGCACAUCAAGCUGCGCGAUUUGCCGAAGGCACAGCAGAGCUUGGAGCAGCUGAGCAGCAGCUAUCCAGCCUUUCAGAUCGACGAGCACAAGGUGAUCGACUUUGCCGCCCUCUUGGUUCAUGGCCAGCAGCUGGAGGCCGCCAAGCAGCUGCUCCAGCGACGCGCCGAGCAGCACAAGGUCGUCGGCGGCGACUAUGUGAUCAAGAACGUGUGGCAGCUGCUGACCAAUGUGGCGCAGUUAGCCGCCCAGGCUACAGAGAAGCCAUCGACUAAUCUCACCCGCGAGAUGCUCGAAUUCCUGCGGAAUCUGGGCUACUGCCAGUCGCACAAUGCUCUCCUGGGACCCGUGGUGCGCGAGUGGCUGCUUAAAGGCGACCUAGAGGCCGCUGUGGCCGAGUUCCAGCGGCUGGCCAGCCAGCACAAGCACACGCCGCUGCAGUUCGAGCUGCUGUCGCUGCUGGUGCGCCUGGGCAACGGGGAUGAGCGGGAGCUGGCCCGCUUUCCGGGCACCACGGCGGAGGCGGCGCAGCAGCAGCUGGCUGCGGUGACGGCGACGGUGAGCCGCAUUCAUGGGGCGGCCAACAUGAACAGCGCUUUGCUGUUGGCCCUCGCGGAAUCCGGAAAGGAGACGCAGCUGCGGCGGCUGAUCAUCAACCCUGAGUUCCGGAUCAAUCACGAGCUGCUGGUGAAGAACUGCGAGCAUUUGGGACAGGAGGGAGCCGUGAGGACGCUCCUCCGACUGGCAAGAGGCGUCAGAGGAGUCCAGAGGACCAUUGACGAGCAGAAGAUCUACGAUCUACUGCUGGCACAGUUCUGCCGCAGCAACGACUACGAGGCGGCGCUGGAUCUGUUCGAGCGCCUGGAGGCCGACGACGAGCUGAAGGUGUCGCAGGAGUUCCUGCGCAACCUGGUGCAGCUGCUCCAGUUGAACCGCGUCGAGAUUCCCAGCGGCAUCGCCCUGCGCGCCCAGAUUAGAUAGUGCCUAUGCUAGUUGUAAAUAAAUCGAACGAUUUAAUGUGUAAUGUCUCGGUUCAGAGUGUCUACUUGGCUCUAAAAUGUUAAAAACUAUUCAUUUAUUUAUUAGAGUAUCAAUUUUGACACAAUAAUUAUAGAAUAAUUAUGAAAUUGCAA